AUGGAUAGAAAAAGAGAACCUAUGACAGAGGAGGAACUCCUUGAACUGUCUGACAAACUUAGCGAACAGUGUAAAAUGCACGAUGAUCGGGAGGCAGGUCUUGAGGCCCGGGAACGGCUCCUUAAUGACCGAUUAAGUGACCUUUCGGAGCGGGACCAAGUUAACAUUGAAAAAGAAUCGAAACUACGCGACCUUGAGGCUGAACUGCGAAAAAUAGAAAUUUCUUUAGGAGAACGCGAGCUUGACUUAAAGUCACGUGAAUUAAUAAAUCGGGGUGAACCCAACGAGCUCAAGGCCGAGUUUGAACGUCGGUUAAAAGAAUUAAAAGAGCGCGAAGCAGAAUCGAGUCAGCUUCUGGAGCAGGCUAAAAUUAUACAAACGGAGCGAUUGAACAGACGCGAGGUUACGUUAGCCAAUCGGGAGCGUGAGUUGACGGAGAUUCAAGAAAAACUGGAUCAACGAGAACGUGAUCUGGCUGAGCGAGAAAACGCGGUAACUGCUCACGAAAAAGAGUUGCGAAACGAAUCGAAAUUAAUGCGAGGUUGGGCUUCGGAGCUCAAGGAAAUGAAAACGGCCGCCGUGACUAAGGCACCAAGCGUUACCCAAGAACUAAAGGAGGAAAUGUCGCAAUUAAGAAACAGCGGUAAUGUUGACCGGAGACACCAGAAUAACGGAUCCGGUAAUAAGAACAACCCUCGCGGUAACGAAAGAAAACCCGAGAAAAAUCGGGAGGAGUGCCCGUGCUGCGGCAACGUAAAUCACAGUUUGGCAAACUGUUUUAAAUUUGCAUCGCUGGUACAAACGCGUUAUGGGCCGUCGGGAAACUCCAAACUCCCGGGGAAGAACGACGACGGGUCCCACGGGAGUCCGAAACAAGUUCAAAGCCCGCCGAAAAAUCCUUUCGAGGUCGCGCACCAGUCAACGUCGCGACAGUCGUAA